CUCAUCUCGUCUCGCCAGUCUCGCAACCAGACUCCGAGCGGCCGAGUCUUCGGUUCGUAGCUCGUUACCAUCUCCUCCCUUCCCUCGGCCAGCACGACGGUUCAACGUAGAUCAAGACCGUUUAUUACCUUAGCGGAGCGUAUACCCGAACGGAGUCGUACAUUUUCCUCGGGCCGCGUGCAUCAGCCUCGUGUCCAGAUUGCCCGGCCGUCGUCUCUCGCGAUCGGCCGCCGGUGAUUUUUGGACCGCCAGAUUAUUCCGAGCGAUUCCCAUAGGUCGCCGGGCACCGCGAUCUAAAGAUACCGAGGCGUACCGAGGAGGGGAACCGUCGAGAAUUUGCGCAACCCCGAUCAGCGCGGAACAUCCACAGUUGGAUAGAAAGUUCGAAAGUCGCGAAAGUGCAAAUCUCGUAGUGCGAAGCGAGAUUCGAGCGUGCAAAAGCCCGGUCCGUCUUCGCUCGACAAGCGUGAUUUUGCGACCACGUGACUCGACCAUCUAACAAACCGGCAAAUAUAGUUCAAUUGUGAUACGAGAAGUAAGGAAGUUGAUUCGUGAUUCGAAAGAGAACCGUGCAGAACGAAGAUAAGUUUUCGAACAGAGAUUAAGGAAUACAGCGGGAGAAAAGUGGAAGAAGAGGGAAAAUAAGCGAGGAUAGAACGUUGGAAACACAAGGGGAAAAUAGUGGAGAAAAAUAGAACACGAACCGGAAGCAAAAGAAAAAAGGUUCUGGGAAGAGGGAGUACAAAGGAAAUAACAUAACGUAUCGGAGGGGACAGAAAAGUCUGGAAGAAUCAGCUGGAGGGAAAAGGCGGUAGACUCGAAAGCGAACGGUACACGGCCGACUUCAUGCGGCGAGCUUGCGCGCGACCACAUGACUCGGGAUUACAGCUGAUUGACCGCAGCAUGUAUGCCCUGAAGAAUCCGCGAAUUCUCCAUCACGACAGCACCCUGUCCACGUGUCAAGUCCGCGAGGAAUUUCUGCAGCGCUAUCAUGAGUUCUUGCAACGGUAUAUGGAUAUUGGGGAGGACAUCGGCGUCCCCGAAGAAUUCACGAAGGGCGAGAUGGUAUCUGGAAUGUGGUGGCGACAUUUAGUAUCCGGUGGAAUAGCAGGCGCGGUAUCGCGUACUUGCACCGCGCCCUUAGACCGUAUCAAGGUCUACCUACAAGUCCACGGCACACGUCACUGCAAUAUCUUGAGUUGCUACAGGUACAUGUUGGGCGAGGGUGGCUUUAAGAGCCUGUGGCGCGGCAAUGGCAUUAACGUACUCAAGAUUGGCCCGGAGUCAGCGCUCAAGUUUAUGGCAUACGAGCAAGUGAAGCGGGCGAUCAAGGCGGGCGACGAGGGACGCGAACUCGUGCUCGGCGAACGAUUUUGUGCUGGCUCCUUGGCCGGUGGCAUCAGUCAGUCGAUUAUUUAUCCUCUCGAGGUGCUGAAGACGAGACUUGCAUUGCGAAAAACAGGCGAAUUCAAUGGCAUGGCUGACGCAGCCAAGAAAAUAUAUAAACAGGGUGGUUUGAAAUCCCUUUACAGAGGCUAUGUACCCAAUUUGAUAGGAAUACUUCCUUAUGCUGGCAUCGAUUUAGCUGUCUACGAGACGUUGAAGAACCAUUACUUACGCACGCAUGACAAAAAGGAACCGCCGCCAUAUUGGAUUCUAUUACUGUGUGGCAUCGCGUCGAGCACGGCCGGCCAAGUAUGCUCGUAUCCGUUAGCGUUAGUGCGGACGCGAUUGCAGGCCGAUUGUUCGCCCAACACCAUGAUUGGCGCCUUCAAAGAUAUUCUCCGCCGCGAGGGAAUACGCGGUCUGUAUCGCGGCAUCACGCCUAAUUUUCUCAAGGCCGUACCUGCCGCAUCUACUAGUUACGUAGUAUACGAGCAUUUUCGACAGGCAUUAGGCGUCAACAUGACGUGAUGAACAUGAAUGCUAGGUGACUGAUUAAUUCAAUUAACUUAUUCUCUCUUUUUCUCUCUCUCUCUCUGUCCCCCCUCUCUCUUUUCACUCGUUAUAAAUAAUCGACAUGGCGAAAGAUCAUUUAGCGAUAAAACGUAUUUCGUCUUUCGUCAAAAAACAAAAAUGUGUAAAGAUAAAAGAAAAUGGCAGUGUGUUUAUUUAUUGUUAUCGCUAACGUGAGAAACUUCUUCGAUUAAUCGACCGUUCAAUCUCUCGCAGUUCUUUUAAUAAUUUAUUAAGAUUUUAAUAUUUUUUUAUUUUAAUAUUAAUAAAUUAAGCAAAAAUAGUGCGAAUCAAAAUAUUAUAAUUGUCAAUUUUCUAGCAAUUGCUGUUGUAUAGAUUGUUGUUAAUAUAAUGCAAUGAUACUUUAUUUCGGCGAUUACAGUACAAAGAAUAUCUUGCGUGUAAGAAAAGUAUUAUGUGUAGUCUUUUUGUAAACAAAUAUGAGCAAGUUUUGAAACAGCGAUCAAAGAAGGAUAGGCCAGUCUCGAUUAUUAUUUAGUGUAAAGACGUAUUUUAUCGGCGGAAACGUUCAAGUCAACAAUUUGCAUAUAAAUCACUCUACUCUAUAAUUAUAAUUGUGUUAAAUAUUUAAAAAAUUUUAAUUUUUUAUCACGUAACUUAAAAUUAUAA